GUAUUGUUUCAUUUGGGCCGUGCAGGCAGGUUAUACAGGUUCUUUAUCUGCAGUAGUCCAGUGUUUACACACACUCUGCGUCAGAAGCUGAGAGACGAAGAGCUGAAGACAUGGCGCAAACGUUUUAUGGAAAACCAGGAGACCUGAUCGAGAUCAGCCGUGAGCUCUAUCAGCACUGGGCCGUCUACAUCGGAGGAAAGGAAGUGGUUCAUUUCACUACAGUCGGUGGUCGGCUUCUGAGCACCAAAGCAAAGGUGAAGUGUGAGAAGCUCACUGACGUGGUCAGAGAUGACUGUUACCAGGUCAACAAUCUACUGGAUGAAGAGUACCAGCCUCGUGAUCCUUCCAUCAUAGUGAAGAAGGCCCGUGAGAUGGUGGGCCAGGUGCUACCGUACAAAGUUGUCACUUACAACAGUGAGCACUUUGCUAUCGACCUGCGAUACGGCAAGGCAAAGUUUCGUCAGUUUAAUGGAGAACCAGGAGACUUGAUAGAGAUCAACCGUGGGCCCUAUCAGCACUGGGCCGUCUACAUCGGAGAGAAUGAAGUGAUUCAUUUAGUUACAGAGGGUGUUCAGUCAUCUGGCUCGUCGGCGACUCUGAGCAGCAGCAACGGAAAGGUGAAGUGUGAGAAGUUCAACGAUGUGGUCGGCAAUCACCAUUACCAGGUCAACAAUCUGCUGGAUGAAGAGUACGAUGCUCGUGAUCCUUCCGUCAUAGUGAAGGAGGCCUGUGAGAUGGUGGACCGCGUACCACAGUAUGACCUUGUCACUUACAACAGUCAGCACUUUGCUACCGACCUGCGAUACGGCAAGGCAGAGUCUCGUCAGUUUAAUGGAAAACCAGGAGACCUGAUCCAGAUCUUCCGUAAUAGGUUCUAUGAGCACUGGGCCGUCUACAUUGGAAAGGAUGAAGUGGUUCAUUUAGUUCCAGAGGGUGAUAAGUGGUAUGACUCGUUCAAGAGUCUGAGCAUAAGCAGCAGCAGCAGCACUGGAAAAGAGUUCCGUCAGACUCUCAUCGAUGUGAUCGGCCAGAAACGGUACAACGAACUGCUGGAGUGCAUGAACCAGACUUGUGAGUGCAAAAUGGACGGCAACUACGAUGACACUAAGUUAAAAAACUUUUUGGAGGUGCUGAUCAGCGAAACAGGAAGAGUGAAGCGUGAGAAGCUCGCCGAUGUGGUCAAAGAUGACCGUUACCAGAUCAACAAUCUGCUGGAUGAAGAGCACACCACACUUUAUCCUUCCUUCAUAGUGAAGAGGGCCCUUGAGAUGGUGGGCCGGGAGCUAAAGAACAACAUUUUCACUUACAACUGUGAGCACUUUGCUACCGAGAUGCGAUACGACAAGGCAGUGUCUCGUCAGAUUCAAGAAGCCGCUUUGAUCUUUGGCCUCAACGCUAAGUUGCCUCGGUCACUGGAACCCCAGUAGUCGCUGCAGUAGUUGGGACAUUUGUUGUCUGUGCAGCUCUGUUUCGCAGUCGUUCCAGCAGUUAAGAGGAAGAGGAUGAAAACAAGAAGAAAACUAAAAACAAAUCCCAAACAUUGGCAACAAUGAAUGUUGGCAUGUAGCUGAGAGUGAUUAUGAUUUAAACUUUUGAAAUAAAAUAUUUCACUUGUGCAAUCUGGAGAGAAAAAGGUUUCAACACAGUUAAAAGACAUUUGACCUUGAAUCAGAAAAGACAAUAAGACAUUAAAUCAUCUGGAUGAUUAGACUAAAGACACAUCUCUCCAGACUUCACGUUGGAUAAAAGAUAAAAAAUAUAUUCUUCUAUAUCUGUUUAGUAGCACCUCUAUAUAUCUAGUAGCACUUAUAUAACACUUACAUAUAGCACUUUGUAGUUUGGCUUUCUUGAAGCAAAUUGUACUUGAUUCUUGUUGUUCUGGGUUUGUUCUCUCAUGUUGAUGCUCUUAUUGUUGCUUUGGAUAAAAUGUGAUGUGAUGUGAGGGAUGUUUCUUUAUCUUUCAUGUAACUUUUUAAACAGAUCAAAUAAUCAUUUGCACACAAUUUAUUUGCAAUAAAAUAAUUGAAGAUA